AUGACAAAUAAAUUAGAAAUAUUACCAAGUGAAAUUUUUUUAAAUAUAUUUUUAUAUUUUUCAUGGGAUGAAGUGUUAAUAUCAUUUUGGUCAUUAAAUAAACGUAUUAAUUCUAUUAUUUGUUCAAUAUUUGAAAUAAAUAAAAAUGGAAUUAUUUUUAAUAAACCAGGUUUAUCUUAUAAAAAAUUUUCUAAAAUAUUAUUACCAUUAAUAUUUAAUUCAUUAUCUCUUUGUUCUUCUAUUAAAUAUAUUCAUAUUGAUGGAAUAAAUUCAAUUUAUUUUCAUUUAAUUUAUCAAGAUAUUUUUUCUCAUAAUAAUAAAUUAAUUUAUCGUUUUCCUAAUCUCAAAUCACUUUAUAUAACUCGAUGUUUAUUAUAUAAACUACUAAGACGUGAAUCAAUUAAUGGUUGUUUAUUUGGUAAUAUAACCAGAAAUUUAUCGAAAAUAUCUGCAAAUUUAUCAAAUUCAUUCACUUUAUCGAUUGAUAUUGAUUGA